GCCACUCAAAAUGUAAUGGCGGCCGUAGAUUUUGAUCUUCGGUUUACUUAUGUCCUGGCUGGUUGGGAGGGGACAGCACAUGAUGAAGAAAAUGAUGGUCCUGCCACUACUGAUGAUCGUGCGGAGGCAUCAUCUGCAAGUAAGCCAAAGAAAGCAAAAACACAAGAGAAUGAAGAUGACGGGCUGAUUGGUGCAUUCACUAGUGUUGGUGACAAGCUUGCCUCUGCUAUACUAAAGGUCGCCGAGCCGGAUAAUAAGCUUCUAGAAGGUUUAUUUGACACAUUGAAAACCCUUCCUGGUUUUGAGGAGGUCCAUAGAUCAUUUUACUAUGCUCAUUUGGUUGCUAACCCUCACAUUGCUAGAGCUUUCAAUGGACUUCCAUUUGAAAACAAGAUGCAUUGGUUUGCUAUGUUCAUUAGUGAAAAGUUCCCUGGAUCAACAUAGGCUUCUUGGAUGAGUUGGAUAGUUCUUUUGGUGUUAUGUGU